AAGAGAGAGGAGAGAAGAGAAGAGAGGAGAGAAGAGAGGAGAGAAGAGAGGAGAGAAGAGAGGAGAGAAGGUGGCACAGAACAGAGAGAAGGGAGAUACUAGAGAACAUGCACAUCGUCCGCUGACAUACAUUCAGGAAUCAUGUUGACUCUACCGUAUGAAGAACCAGAUAUGACGUAUGAGCCCCGGUUUGGAGCCAACUACCCCCGUGGGAGCUUACCGGAUCUGGAGCCAAACCCAAUACACAGCCUGAACGUCACGUCGGACCCGGAGAGAGAGGGCGAAGAAGAGCCAGACCCGAUACACAGCCUGGACAUCACGUCGGACCCGGAGAGAGAGGGCGAGGAAGAGCCAGACCCGAUACACAGCCUGGACAUCACGUCGAACCCGGAGGAGGGUGACAUCUCAGAAAGAGAGGACGAGGAAGAAGAGAGAGAGGACGACAUCCAGCAGGAUGAAAACGGCCACCCCAGAAAGAGAGGACCACGGAGAAAGAAGUUGACUAAAGGUAGACAGGAGAGGGUCACGGUGCGCCGUCAUGAGGCAAACGCCCGUGAGCGCAGCAGGAUGCACGGUCUGAACGACGCGUUAGAGAGCCUCCGAAAGGUGGUGCCCUGCUACUCCAAGACCCAGAAGCUCUCCAAGAUAGAGACUCUGCGCCUGGCUAAGAACUACAUCUGGGCCCUGUCAGAGACGCUGUCUGCGGGCAAGAAGCCGGACCUGCUGGGGUUCGUUCAAACUCUGUGUAAGGGCCUGUCCCAGCCCACGACCAACCUGGUGGCUGGCUGUCUGCAGCUGAAAGCCAGGUCCUUCCUCACGGACCACAAUGGAGAGGUGACGUACCCCGGUAGUACGGCCCACUACGACAACAUGUACCCCUACCCCGGGGCAGACCUGGGCACGGCACCUGGACAAGCCUGCAGCACCCUGGGCAGCGCCAAGCCGUCCUACCACAGCCGGCACUACAGCUACGGCGGCCAGUACGAGCCGUACUACGACCACACGCCUCCUGAGGAAGGAAGGGAGGGACACCUUGGCGGACAGAUCAGCCCUCCUCUGAACUUUAACGGCAUAUUCUCUCUGAAACACGACGAACCGGAGGAGUACGGGAAGAGCGGCCACUAUGGGAUGAGAUACAGUUCUGUGCCCGGUCACGGCUCCCUCAGCUCGGCAUCCAUGUACCGGGUCUCGCCAGAGGGCCGGUUACACUAUGAAUUACACCUUCGGUCCGCAGGGCAGACCCACAAGGCUGAGACUCAGAGCCAGCAGGCAGAGCUACCAGGCUGGGAAUCAGAGCCAAUAGGCAGAGCUGCCAGGCUGGGACUCAGAGCCAGUAGGCAGAGCUACCAGGCUGGGAAUCAGAGCCAAUAGGCAGAGCUACCAGGCUGGGACUCAGAGCCAGUAGGCAGAGCUACCAGGCUGGGACUCAGAGCCAGUAGGCAGAGCUACCAGGCUGGGACUCAGAGCCAGUAGGCAGAGCUACCAGGCUGGGACUCAGAGCCAAUAGGCAGAGCUACCAGGCUGGGACUCAGAGCCGGCAGGCAGAGCUACCAGGCUGGGAUGCAGAGCCAAUAGGCAGAGCUACCAGGCUGGGACUCAGAGCCAGUAGGCAGAGCUACCAGGCUGGGAAUCAGAGCCAAUAGGCAGAGCUACCAGGCUGGGACUCAGAGCUGGCAGGCAGAGCUACCAGGCUGGGACUCAGAGCCAGUAGGCAGAGCUACCAGGCUGGGACUCAGAGCCAAUAGGCAGAGCUACCAGGCUGGGACUCAGAGCCAGUAGGCAGAGCUACCAGGCUGGGACUCAGAGCCAAUAGGCAGAGCUACCAGGCUGGGACUCAGAGCCAGUAGGCAGAGCUACCAGGCUGGGACUCAGAGCCAAUAGGCAGAGCUACCAGGCUGGGACUCAGAGCCAAUAGGCAGAGCUACCAGGCUGGGACUCAGAGCCAAUAGGCAGAGCUACCAGGCUGGGACUCAGAGCCAAUAGGCAGAGGCAUAAUUAAUAGAACACUUAAAAGGUUAUACUUCCCCUGUUACUAUUCAUCACACACACACACACACACACACACACACACACACACACACACACACACACACACACACACACACACACACACACACACACACACACACACACACACCACCAGUGGAAGGAGCACGGUGUGCCAAUACAAAGUGUUUAACAUACCAUUUAUUGAUUGAUAAGUUUAUGAAUGUAUUAAUUUCUUCCCUGUGUAUUGAAUUAUCUAUGUAACUAUUUGUUUAUUCAUUGACCUUAACAUAUAGCAGUUUGUCAAGGUGAAUUUGACACUGGUUUGAUUGCAAAUGUUGUGUAAAAAUAUUUUCUACUGUUUUUUUAAAAAUUGGGCCUAUGUCUAUAGCUGAUAAAACAACUAGGCUACUGAAUGAUAUUAAUACAAUUAUUAUGUAAACUUGGAGAUGACCAGAGGUGUAGAUUAUCAAGGUAAAAAGCAAACACCAAUUAUCAUCUCAUCAGGGAAUUAUGUUUCAUUUGACUUGUUUUCGCCGUGAGGAGACCUGCAACAAUCUUCUAUAAAGAGACGCAAUGCCAGAAAUAUCCGAACUACAGGAAGAGAUUCCAGAGAAACAUGUUCAAUAGUGAUUUAAUCCCACAUAAGAAAGGCAUCUGUAAUGCUAUAGGCUUUCUGCUGACUGGGUGCAUGUUGGAAUAUAGGUGUUUAAAUAAGGCUCAUUAAUUAUGUCGUCGUGCCAAAGCCUCAACGCAGCAGCUCAAUGUAUAGGUAAUAUUAGCUCAAAUCAAAUGAACGCUUCAACUGUAUAAAAGUCUAAGGAAAAUGCAUUUGUAUUUAAAUCAGUGAAGUAAAAAAAGGUGAAUGUGAUCGCUUGAUGUAUAUGAAAAAAUGAUGAUCCAUUAGUUUACGAAUAGGCCUACUUCAUUUUUUUUGUCUUAAUAAUGUGUUUAAAAAUAAUGUGAAUGAUAUCAUUUUGUGAAAAUGUUUCGGUGCAGUAUUGAGUGACUGUUGUUCUGUAAAUCAUCAUCAAUAUCGAUCAUCACCUCCAUCCUCACUAUUCUUACUGAAGAACGUCAUAAUAUCAUGAGCCAGAAUACAGUAUAUACUCUUAGAGAAAAAGGUUCUGGAUAUUAACAAAGAAUGGUUAUAUGCUAGCUUUAUGUAGGGCACCCUUCAGGUUCUAUAUGAAACCUUAUAUGGAACCCAAGUGUUCUAUAUGGAACCUUAUAUGGAACCCAAGUGUUCUACAUAGAACCUUAUAUGGAACCCGUGUUCUAUAUGGAACCAAUUUUGUAUUAGUGAAGAAGAACCCGUGGGAUUGUGAUCAAACAACCCUACAAAAGGGUUCUGUACCUAACCUUUAGGUGUGCCAUAUAUGGAGCAAGCAAUACCCUUUUAGGUUCUAUCCAGAGGGGUUAGGGUUUUCUCAGAGUUAUGUAUGGAUAUUUCUAAGCCUUACUUUGACAGAGUUGUUGAGGCCAGAUGUGCACCGGUAUGGGGAGCGACCAUGAUUAUGGGCUUUGGACGGUAUAUUGUUGUUGUUUUUACUUUAGCCUUUAUUUAUCCGGGAAGUCCCAUUGAGGUUAGAAAAACUCUAUAAGCAUUACGUGGGGCUAGAUUAACCUGCGGUAACCGACAACUGCGUAGCAGCUUCAUUGAUUUUAUUUAUGCGGUGUCAGCUGUCAAAUCAACAAGCGGCUCGCAGCAUUAUAUCUAAAGACGACAUUACCAUGACAAGGGCCAACUGGCAUUAGUAAUAAUCCCAUGUAGACUUGUUCAAACACUGGAAUGUGUGAUGUAAUCUACACCUUGAUCAGGCUGAUAUAAAUCCUUAUUAUCUUG